CUGCUGAGUCAGCGCUCUGCGGCCCCCGCCCGCGGGAGGACGCCCCGGGAGUCCCGGGAGCCCCGAGGAGGCGGGCGAAGGGCGGCACCGGGCCCGCCCGCAGCUCUGGGUCGUGUGUGCGCAGGAGAAGCGGCGGCUGCAGGAGGAGAUCGGCGCUGCGCGUCGCGAGCUGGAGGAGGAGAAACUCCGCGUGGAGCGGCUCAAGAGGAAAUCUCUUCGAGAACGUUGGCUCAUGGAUGGCGCGGCUGAAGGGCCAGAGCGGCCAGAGGACCUGGCCUCCAAGGACCCACAGUCGCCUGAGGGACAGGCCCAGGCUCGAAUUCGUAACCUGGAAGACAGCUUGUUUUCACUCCAGUCACAGCUGCAGCUGUUGCAAAGUGCGUCCACAGGUGCCCAACACAGACCUGCUGGCAGGCCCUCCUGGCGCAGAGAGGGGCCUCGUCCUCUCUCUCAGCCCACCAUGGAGGCAGGUCCUGCAGGCCUCACUGAUGUGGACAAGAGAACUUCCCUGCCAGCUGGUCCGGUGGGCAUGUCCCCUGAGUCCUCCUCUGAUCCCAGGGAGGAGCUCACUGAGGUUCUGCCAGCCUUGAGGCCAUCCCCUGAGGCCACAGGGGCCUCUUCAGAAGCCAACGGCCCCUGCCCGGAGCAUAGCCCCCUCCCAGAGCAGCUGAGCCGAGGGGCGGCGAGUGUCACUAAGGCCAAAGGAGAUGGGGUGGUAGAGGUGGAUUGGGAUGGGCUUCGGGCCACUGAGAACAGUGCCACAGACCCCACGGGCAUGGAGCUGGAGGCUAAGGUGGAAGAGGUGGUCCUCGAGGCCAUCGGGGCUAGGCAGGGCACCAGCAGCCCUGAGCUCCCCACUUGGGUGAAGGAGGGCAGGGGUGUGGUGGAGGUGGUCUGGGAGGGGCUGGGAGGCAGUGAUCCCGAUGUCACAGGGGAGUCAGGCAGGAGUCAUGCAGAGGCCGCACAAAUCAGUCCCCCAAGGCUCCAGGAGCAGGUUGAGGCGGAAAUUUCCAGGAAAGAGGAAGGUGCUUCUAGAGACAGUCCUGAGGGUGCCGGGCAGGGGGACCCUGGAGGAGAGGAAGGGUCCUUCAUUUGGGUGGAGAGAGUAGCCCUCAGUGAAGACUGGGAGGAGCUCUUGAUGGAGGGCUUGGAAGCACCCCCAGGGGCGGGCUGUGUGGGAGGACCCGAGGCUUUGAUGGGAGCACAGACCAGAGGGAGUGAAGCGUCCUGGGAGGUGGAGAGGAGAGAAGUGGAGAGAUCAGAGGGCAUGGAAGAAAGGCCAACGGCAGAAAAGCUCGGGGUAGAGCGGGGUGGGGCCCCUGAGGUGCCAGAGCCCGCCCAGGGAAGAGAGGAGAGCCAGGCAGAAGAGGAGGCGGGGGAAGGCAGCCAGGGCCCUUUGCGGGCAGAGAGAGCAACAGAGGAGGAACAGUGGGCCGUGAAAGGGAAGGAGGGUGAAGAGCCACUGGAAGUGAAAACAGGAGGUGAGGAAGAGCCAGACACCACGGAGAAGCCACUGGUGGCAGAGAAAAACACAGAGGGUCCACUGGAGCCACCAGAGGAGGAGAGGGACGGCGGAAGCUCAUUGGACAGAGAGUCAAAAACAAGCGAGAAACUAUUGGAAGGAGAGCCAGGAGGUGAGAGCUCAUUGGAUGAAGAAACUAAAGGAAGCGAGAAACCAUUGGAAGGAGAGCCAGGAGGCGAGAACUCAUUGGAUGAAGAAACUAAAGGAAGCGAGAAACUAUUGGAAGGAGAGCCAGGAGGCGGUGAACCAUCAGCAGAGGCAGAGAAGACCCCAGGCACCAAGGAGGAGGUGAGUCCGGGAGAGCAAGGCAAAUCCAAUGAAGGAGCAGAGUUUCGGGUGGAGGACGCCAGCCAGCCAGGGACCCCUCUUUGUGUCCAGGAGGAGCCCACGUCAGAGGAGCAAGGACUGCAGAGCCUGGAGAAGCAAGAAGGACCAGUGGAAGAGACAGCCAGGGAGCCUCAGCGCUGUGCUGAGAGUGAGGGUCCUCCCGGCGAUGCCACCCCGCUCUUGUCAGAGACCCCAGCCCCGGAGCAGCCUGUGGAAGGCCAGCCACUGCUCCAUCAGGAGGUGUCCAGCACCAACCCUGGUGACCACCCUGCACCUACCUAUGCACCUGCCCGGCAGCUUGAGGUAGCUGAGGCCAAAGAGGCUGGUGGCCCCAAGCAAAAGACGUGCCAGUGUUGUGUGGUCAUGUGAGCCGACACCGGCCGCCCAGCAUCCUUUUCCUCUCACAGCUACCUCGCUGCCUGGCAUCCAGCAGAAGGUCCCAGGCACAGACAGGGUACCACAGGACUGGCAGUGGCACCCAGGAGCCAGCAGGUCCUGUGUUUAUCCACACCUGGGCUUUUAGAUUCCCUGCCCACUGCCCGUGGCCCUGACUCCCUUCUGCAAUGAAGCCUUUAUACUUGAAAAUUAAAUGUUAAGGCAAUCUGGCA